GUGAUGGUGGGGUCAUAGCCUCCAACAAAUCUGCAACGAGCGUAUGCUUAAGAAUAGGCUUGCCACCGGAUUUCAAGAACUUUCUGUGUUUCCAAAGUGUUCCAAAAUCGUGAACUAUGCCAAAUACGUAUCUGGAGUCGGUAUAAAUUAUGACCGAACGAUUCUGCCAGCGUACAUGCCCUGGUUAGUGCCACCAGCUCUCUUGCCUGGGCUGAGUAAUGAGGAGGGAGAGGGGGAGAUUCAACGAUCCCCUGGUCAUCAACAACAGCAAAACUGCAUGUCCACAGCCAGCAUCAGGAUCCCUGAAAGCAGAACCAUCAACAUAAAACACGACAUCAGAGUUUGUCAGAGGCAUGUCAGACAGAGCUUCAUCAGAAUGACUGAGACUAUUUGUGGAGGAUGGUCAGAGACUGAACCAGCCACUGAGGAGAUUCAGAGGGUCUGUGAUGAGGUGAAAGGCCACGUGGAGGAAAAGACAAAUAAGAAGUAUGAUGUAUUCACAGCACUUCAAUACAGGAGACAAGUUGUGUCAGGAAUGAACUAUCUCAUCAAGGUUAAUUCUGGACCAUCCAGUCACCUUCACAUGAAAGUGUAUGAAGCUCUUCCGUGUGAUGGAGGACAGAAAUCAGUCUCUGGUGUAGAAGAAGGUCACACCAAAGAUGAUCCUCUGGAACCUUUGUAAUGUGAUCACAGCCUGGUACUGAUCACUGUCUCCAGGCCACUGCCUCAAUCAUGUUGUUAUCCUGAAAUAAUUAAACAAAAUAAUGAUCUUUUACAGUAAUGAUGAUACAGGCAGUAAAACAUGUGCAGUCUAUACUAAUAUUCAACCUUUGUUGGAGUGGAAAAAGUGAUUCUGUAAAGGAAUAAUAAAGAAUGAUUCAUGAAAUUUA